AUGAGCCAUCUUGUACCGCCUCAGGAAGAGAAGGUUACAACCUCUACAAAUACAUGGCAAGGAAAGCUCCCCGUUGAUCACGAAAUACCUCCUCAGUAUCAGUCGAACGCGUCCGGUGCCAACUUGGAUUCCAGCUUUCUUGUCCCUCCCCAAGAAGAGAAGCGAGCAGAUACUUCUGGCAAAGGUGUCGACCGUCUCGAGAAGGAAUUUGAGUCCCGUUCUGUGCGCAACGAUACGGACGACAGGGCCCGCGACAGGCAGAUAGCCAGCUCUGUUCUUUCUGGUGCGGCCGGCGUCACGGGCGAGGAUGUUGGCGUCGCGGAGAACCAGCGACUGGCUCGAGGUCCCUCGCUGCAGCUUAUCGAUCCUAUAAUCCCAAAGCACCGUCCAAUGACCUCCACAAACGAGAAUGUGAAUUCAGAUGGGAUGCGCCACACCUGGGACGAGGCGGCGUUCUUCUCCAUGAUUAAUGCCCACCGCGACGCACCAGUCGAUGCUUGGCAGAAAUACCGCCUGUGGAGGGAGUCCUGCGGUAUUAAAUUCUCCCUCGACACAGUCGAAGUGUGGUACGGCGACGCACCGUACUAUUAUGAUGCCCACGUUCUUGUGCAUGGGGACGAUGUGCGCACGAUCGAGGCGUUACCGGUUCCACCAGAAGAGCCCUACGACCCUGACGCUGUCGACCCCAUCGACGACGAUGCGAAGAAGCUCUUCUCGAUGCUGCCACUCGUUCAAUUUGACGACACUAAGCACUUCGCUAAACCAGCGCGUACUCUGAAGGAGAUUGAGAUCCUGUUGAAGUGUCAGGGCUCGCCAUACAUCGUACAGCUCUUGGGCAGGACGCUGGACGACAAGCUCGUCUUCCCGAAAUACCGCUAUGACCUCUUCAUGGCGUCUAUCAUACACAUAUCUGUUGUCGAUAUACGCAAAUGGAUGAUCGACAUCGUCGACGGCAUCACAUACCUCCACUCGCUUGCUUUAACGUAUCGUGAUCUCCUACCACGCAACUUCCUCUACGGCAAGUCGAUAGUCAUAUGCGAUUUAGAGUGCAACCUGGCGUCCAGAAUUUGCGCAGCUCCAGAGCUGCAUACAUUCGAGGGAAUUCCGGAGAGCGCUUUCACGCCAGCCACUGACGUCUACGGAAUCGGAGUGCUGUUGCAGCACCUCUGCCCUUACAUCGACUGGCUGGUCCCGCCGCCAUUCGACAAGAUAUACGAGGCGUGCACGCAGAGGCGUCCUGAAGACAGACCUACCUUGGCGCAGAUUCGUGCAUGGCUUGAGGAAGUCUAG